AUGGCAACGUUCGUUUCAAAUGAUGUCGAUAUACCACCAUUGAAUAAUAAUGAUAAUAUAAAAAUCGUCGAUGUUGAUGAUCGUUUUUUGGAUAUGUCUCAACAUUUAUAUUAUCAAUAUCACAGUGUUUCUCAUAUCAUUCCAUCAACCAUUUCAAGGUCGAGAGGCACAUUAUCCUCAUUUAAUGGUGGAAGUAGUUAUACUCGUAAAAAUAAACUUCGUGCACGUCUGCACCAUCUUGUUAACGGAAAUAAUGGCGUUUAUAAAAAUCCAAAACGUUCGUUAACUGUCGCCAGUGGCUCAAAUUUAUCUGUACCUGCACCAUCUUUAACAACAAAAAUUUAUUUAAAACAACAAAAUUAUAAUAAGAAUAAUAAUACGAAUCAAAAAGUAACUUCAGCUAAUGUCGAUUUAACAUCAUCACUUGUUGUCGAGCAGACUCCUAUAAAUUCAAAACAAUUUGACCAAGUACAGCCUGUACAUUUAAUCUCGACAUUUCAACUAUCGACAGUACAUUAUCAACAUCAGAAUCAACAUCAAAUAGAAAAUUCAAAUAACGGAGAUCGAGAAAGUGAGAGUGAUCAAACUGACGAUGAACAAGAAGUGACGAUAACGAGAUUGUAA